UCCCGAGUAGCCCCGGUUGAUGGUACCUAAAUUAGAAAUUUAAAUUGGAACUCAAAAAGAAUUGCACCAGUGCACAGUUGGCUGCUUCAGGAUCAGCAUUCAAUGUAUUAAUCUUGAUAUAUCUGCCUACAGAUGUGUGGCUUAAAAAUAUCCCCAUCCUGUUGAAGGGAUUAGGAGGAACAAGUCUUCAUUGCUGCACAAUAAUGCCAGCAAACAAUGAAUAAAAAUUUCUCUUGAUACCUGUCAGGUGGAUGGAGUUUGCAAUGAUGGCAAGUAACACAUUCAAUUCUGAAGUUGUGCAACCACUUCCUGCUGCUGCCAUGGAGAGGGGCUGCAAUGCUGUGCCAAGCCUUGCUCAAAUUUGUGCUGAUGUUGUUGAAGGGAAGUCUGGAGAUUCAUAUGCUGCUGCUCUUGCUUCAAGUGCAGAAGUUAGAACUGAGAACAUUAAGAAAGAAAUGGAGCCUGUAUGUGUGAAGGAGGAGCCAUCACAAGAUUAUGAUGAGGCUUGUGCAAGUGAUUACCUGGAGCUCGUCAUGACUUCGUCAAUACCUAGUCCUGGAGCUCAUCACGACUCUCUUCCACCAUCUCAUCAUGACUCACUUUUACCAUCUCAUCAUGACCCACUUCCACCAUCUCAUCAUGAUCCACUUCCGCCAUCUCAUCAUGACUCAUUUCCCCUAUCUCCAUCUUGCUGGCCUGGCAAGAUGGAGGAGCCGUGUGAGGCUCUUGAUUAUCUCGACGCUGGUCAAUCUUCCUUGCUCUCUGAUAUUGUAACAGAACUGCAUCCACUGUCAGUCUGUGUGGCAUUCAUGCACAAUGCAAAACGAGCAUCGUCAACGCAAUCUCCUGGGUUUGGACCAGCUAAAAGUAGUACUCCCAAUCAACCUGAUGACAAGAAGGCAAAACACGCAGCAUUGAUGAGGAAAAUACGAAGUGAUCCCCUCAGGAAGGCUGUUGAGCAGGCGCAGAACACGGCAUCACGCAGAGAAAAACGAAGUGAUCCUGUCAGAAGGGCUGCUGAGCAGGAGCGGAACACGGCUUUACGCAGAGCAGCACGAAGUGAUCCCGUCAGAAGGGCUGCUGAGCAGGCACAGGACACGGCAGCAAAAAGAGCAGCACGAAGUGAUCCCGUCAGAAGGGCUGCUGAGCAGGCACGGAACACGGCAUCAAAAAGAGCAGCACGAAGUGAUCCCGUCAGAAGGGCUGCUGAGCAGGCGCGGAACACGGCUUUACGCAGAGCAGCACGAAGUGAUCAUGUCAGAAAGGCUGCUGAGCAGGCGCAGAACACGGCAUCAUGCAGAGCAGCACGAAAUGAUCCUUUCAGAACAACUGGCACUUAUUAUUCACAUAAUGCAGAUGCUCCGGAACAACCAUUCUUCGAUCAUUUCGCGGUAGCUCCGGUCAACCUAAAAUUUCACGAAAAUACAUAAAAAUUGAAAACCCACCCCAUGGCGCAAUAAAGACAAAGUCCUGUAAUAAGGACCUGAGAUUAAAACCUUGGUCAUGUUACAUAUUUUUGGAAAGGCCAAGCUUCAACCAAUCUAAAACUAUAAUCUAAAUCAUGGCACGUUUUAAAGUAUUCUAAAAAUCUACGAAAACAUGAAGUCACGGACGGACGGACA